AAAUGACUUCUUCAAUGCUGCACCAUCCUGACUAGACCAGUUCUAUGCAAAUAACCCCUUCUGGGUGUGUAACAAGCCCCUGACGCUAGCCAAUCAGACUGAGGAACUAGUAAUGCGGGAGAUCUGAAUUUCGCGGCACGGACUUUGGCGCUAAAACAGCAGCAGUGAGAUCAGCUGGGGGGACCUAGCUGCUAUGAAAUCAACCGAACACAGAGAAGGCUUAGUGGAGCAAUCCAAAAACUCAAAUUAAAAUCUGAUGCAUCCUGCAAAUAUUACUACUUGAACAGACAGCUAGCUUCAUGAAAGCUGAACUACAAACUCUGCUGAUUUUAAACAUAUCAAUAUUGCUGGAGAUAGGAAACGAUUUUUAAGAAAACUAUUGGCUUGAAAUUGAUUUUGAUUUUGUUUUACAGUUUGUUGUUGGAAGGUGCUAUCGUACGCCAAGCUGCUACGUUUUAGAUUACUUUAAAAGUAAUUAUUUAUUCAAAGGGAAAUGCAAGACUAACUGCUCCAUAAGAAGCAUUGCAUAUACUUUGUAUGUCUUGCAAUUGUAGUUGCAUUCUUUAAUAUAUUUAUCAGUGUUUAGAAUUAUAUGCAGCUGCAGUUUGUGCAUUGCAAUUUAUAUUAAACAUUACCUGCAAGUGUUGCUGGUAGCCUUACCAUGUACUAGUUAUAUAUUGCUAAUAUUGGCUUUUUAGCGUUUAAAAAUCCCAUUUUUAUUUUUGCAAAAUUGAGCUAGGUGGUCGUUUUCCAGACAAUAGAAAAUGAUUCGGUUACCCAAAGGGGUCCCUUCGGCUACUGGCAGGAGCAGCAGCGGACUCUCGGUAUCGGAAAAGAAGGUUUUGCCUGGCAUAAAAACUGAGUUUUUCAGCACCGGACUAUCGAGUCCUCUGAUCCACACAGUACCGGCUGGUUAUUUCAACCAAAUAUGCAACACGUCUAAUUCUGAGCAGAGAGCGAACUGCAUGUACGCUACCCCCCAUGGACCAGAGAUUAGGGGUACCAUCAGAUCUAAUUCCGGGAGAUUGCCGGCUAAGAGGAAGCUGGAUUUAGAAGGCAAUGACCCCCUGUAUAUGCCAGACUUUCGCACUCCCAAAGGAAAAGGCAGGACUGCAGCCAGGCUCCCCAGCCCCAUGACACCCAAAUCUCCGGGCGAACGCACGCGCUACGACACCUCUCUGGGGCUGCUCACCAAGAAGUUUGUGAGCUUGCUGAGCGAGUCUGUGGACGGGGUGCUGGAUCUGAACCGGGCUGCCGAGAUUCUGGAGGUCCAGAAGCGGCGCAUCUAUGACAUCACCAAUGUGCUUGAGGGAAUCCAGCUCAUUCGCAAGAAGUCCAAGAACAACAUUCAGUGGGUGAUGGGCGGUGUGUUCGAAGGCUCGGCUGGUUCUGAGAAGCAGCGCGGGCUGCGGAAGGAGCUGACGGAUCUGGAGCGGGCGGAGAAGGCUCUGGAUGACAUGAUCCAGUCCAGCAGCACCCAGCUGAAAGAGCUCACAGAGGAGGAGAAUAACAAACAGUUGGCGUAUGUGACCUACCAGGAUAUCCGCUCGAUCCAAAGCCUGCAGGACCAAACCGUGAUCGCUGUCAAAGCGCCGUCUGAGACCAAACUGGAAGUCCCAGAGUCAACCGGGGACUCCCUGCAGAUUUACUUGAAGAGUAAGAACGGCCCCAUUGAGGUGUACCUGUGUCCGGAAGAAGGAGCAGAGGAGAGCAGCCCUGUCAAGAGCAGCAGUCCCAGCAAGAGGGUUCGUGCCACUGGAGCCUGCACAGCCGAGCCCACUGUAGCCAAGCAAGAGCCCCUGGAAGCAGAGCCUCCGAAGUUGGCAUGCACUCUUCUGGAUGUUGAGGGGAUCCUGGGGCUGCCCCCCAGCUUGCUCUUGCUGACUGAGGACCAGUUCCCCUCUACCUCCUCCUCUGAGGCGGCCCCCUUCGUCAGCUUCUCUCCCCCCCUCGACCAGGAAGACUACCUGUGGUCCAUGGAGGACACCGAGGGGGUCUCGGACUUCUUUGACACCUACGAUCUGGGUGACCUGCUCAGGAACUGACUCUCGUUUCACCAAUACCUUGACAAACGAGACCUGCUCGUAGCUAGAAACACAUUUGAGAAACUUCAAAUAUAAUGCCUGCUCAAGAACUGGUGUGCUCCUUGAAUGGAGAUUGGCAAGAAAAAGUUUUGUUUUUGGAUUUUUGUGUGUGUGAAUCCAUUAUCUUUCAUUUAGAUAUAUUUUACUAAUGUAUAGAGGUGUGUUUUUUUAUUAUUUAUUUUUUUUAAACCCAGUUAGUCCAUUAGGAUAUCAAUUGAUAACUCAGGGGAAGUAACAUUUCCUCCUCCUUAAGGUGGUUUCCUCAUGCUCAUACUCGUACUGCCCCCUACAGGAAAAAUUGAGACUGCAUUUAAUAUCAAUUCUCCAAAAAAAAAAUAGAAUGGCUUGACAGCCUGUGAUUUAAUAGCUUGUAUGGAGUAUUUGAAUGCACACUUAACCAAACCUUCCACGUCGGUUGGCCACAGACGGCACAGCCCCCCUCCACCUCCUGUGACGUGGUUUGACUGGCAGCUGUAAAGUACCUCAAGCUCUUUAGAAAUCAUCCUGACGGUUGGAGGGGGUUGACUUCUUUAUUGCUUUAUCCAGGUAUUGAAGGUGGGGUGGGAAUGGAGACCACCUUGACCAGUGUGAAUUGUAUCCAAGACUUUGUGCUUCAUAAGAACUUUAACACCAGGUACUCUUUACAAAGACUGAUUUGUAUCUAAGGGAACAGUGUUUAGUUGAAAG